ACCAAUAUAUACAGGUAAAAAACAAAACAGAUUCAACAGAGAAAAAUCAGUGGAGCAAAAGAAAGAUAAGAUGGGGGUGAUCAAGGCAGCUGCAGGAGAUGCAAUUUUGACAUCUAUGUGGGUGUUCAGUGCACCCAGCAUGGGGGUUUUCACAUCCAUCAUUGCUUCGUUUCUUGGUAUCCAAGCUAGGUCUUUGGUAGGUCUUUUCAUCACCACAAUAAUUUCGACACUUGUGGUUUUAAUAUUCAGCUUGAUUGGCAAGUUGUUGGGCGGUGCCAGUUUCAACCCCUCCACCACCGUCAGUUUCUACACCGCCGGCCUCAAUCCCGGAACUUCCCUCCUCUCCAUGGCUGUUCGGUUCCCGGCUCAGGCGGCGGGCGGAGUAGGCGGUGCCAAGGCAAUUUUGCAGGUGAUGCCAAAAAAGUACAAGCACAUGCUUAAAGGGCCUUCUUUGAAAGUGGAUUUGUAUACUGGUGUUAUAGCUGAGGGGGUGAUGACUUGUGUUCUUUGCUUUGCCUUGCUUGUGAUUAUAAUGAGAGGGCCUAGAAAUCCAAUUGUGAACAUAUGGAUGAUUUCGGUCACGACGCUCGGAUUGGUGGUUGCCGGAAAUGGGUACACGGGGCCUUCCAUGAACCCGGCCAAUGCUUUUGGGUGGGCUUAUGUGAACAAUUGGCACAACAGUUGGGAGCUUUUCUUGGUUUAUUGGAUUGGCCCCUUUGUUGGAGCAACUGUAGCAGCUUCGGCUUUUAGGGUUUUGUUUCCCCCACCGGUACCAAAGGAAAAGAAAGCUUGAAGAAGAAAAGAACUUUAGGUUAAUGCAUAUAUUCGAUUCAAUAGCAAGAUAGCUGGCUUGCUGUUUGUGAUUCUCUUCCCUUUCUCCUAUGAAUGAAUGAUUUAAAAUUGUGAAUUUUAAGACUCAGGUUUUGGGCUUUAAUGAUUAUGAAGGCAGUCAAAUUGGAGAAAUUUUUA